ACUGCUCUUGCCUCACUGCCUCAAUGAGGUCCCCUUGUUCGACGGCUGAUCAUCCGUUACGGCGUCAUCCCUGUGCAACUUCUACCUGCCACUUCACGGGGGCCACAUGCUACUUGCUUUACCUACUCGGACGUGGGUACGUGCCCAAACAUCACUCGUUUCGAGGUACCUACUUAAGUAAUGGUCUAAUGGUCGUAACUUGCUUCUCACGUCAACCUCACUUUCACCGCCCACUACACCUGACUCCACCACUACCAAAUACCGUGAGAGCACGUUACUUCUCUUUUGCUUCGCUUUUGCUUUAUCUCACCUCGUACUCCCACCUCCCCCUUACUAUCCCAGACGUUCAUUCCGCAUUUAUGAUCACUCUGCGAUCAUGGACAACGACAUCUACAUCCUACCGAAUGUGACAGAACCUCAGCCUACGUCGUCCUUCCUGUCCUUCCCUCCAGUCCCAGUCGCUGCCGCCUUGAUUGUCUCUCUGGUCUGGUUUGCCUACUGGUGUAUUCAAGACUAUCGGCUUUUCAUAUCUCUCGGCCGUGGUGGACCUCCUCACAACAUCUAUGGCUGGAUCCUCACUUCCUUCAUUGUCCGGCCUUUCACGCUCGCUGAUCGAGACACGAAAUGGACAGGUGACUACCCGGACACGGGAGCUCACAAAGAGAUUCUGGCUCUUCCCAACCGAGAAGGUGAACGUCCAAUCGUCAAGGGAAUCGCACCUCAGCGACAAUUCAGUCAACGGCCUACAGCUGAAAUGAAUGCGCGUGUAUUGUCUCUAUUUGCAUCGAUCGUCUUGAAAAAUCCGAAUUUGCUCGAGCAGAAACUCUCUAGCUUAGAGAAGCACAACAUUGCACUCUUUGUUCAUCCGACUCUUCUUUCAAGACCCCACAACCUGCCGGAAACGGCCGUAAUGUCGAAGGGUGAGCUGGGACACAUCCACGGCGACACAUCCAUGCAUCUCUACUUUUCACCAGCAGACGCCAAAGUCAUCAUCGAGAAAGGUUGGGCAGAACGACACCGAUGUGCAAGGACUCAGCCGUGGUGGUUUGGUGGCAAGAAGUACAUGUGGAAGAUUGGGGACAGCUUUCUUAUCGUUUACGCUCCUCGAGAUGAACAUGAAUUCGAUGUCCUGCGGACUCUGUUAAGAGCGAGCGCAAGAUUCAUGACCAACGACGAAACAGUAGUGGAGCCACCGAGAGACGAUACGGGUUUGAAGAAUGAGGAUACUCGCAGGAAAAGUGCUCCGUGACAACCUAAUCAACGGCGUUUCUUUCUUGCA